AUGUUGGCUGCCAAGGCUUUUAAUAAAAUUUUAAUAAAUGAUACUGUUUAUCCCUCUGGUAAUAAAAAUCUAACUAAUGAAUUUGACAAAACAACAAUAUAAAAAUUCACUAAAGAACUUACAAUUAAGUCUACUACUUAGUAGUAUAAGAAGUUUAAAUCUUUAGAUUCGGAGAAGGACAAUUAAAAUGCAAAUGAGAUGAAAUUGGGCUUUAAAAUUUGUUUAGGAAUAAUAGAUAGAGCCAGGACAAUUCAACUUUUUAAUUAAACAAAAUGGAAUAUGAAAGCCUCGUUUGGUUCUUCUUUAUAGGCAGCUCAAUAGACCUUUAUUUCUGAUUCAAUUAAUUAAUAUUUACAUUAUGAGUUUAUAAUAUCUAAAAUCAAAGAGAUGAUUAUAAACCUCAUAAAUUCAAAAGUAUCCUUUUUUUCUGAAUUAAUAAAAGAACAAUAAUAAUUUGAUUUGAGUAAAACUCUAAAGAAAACAAAUAAACUUUGUAGCGACCUACAUUAAACAGAAAACUAUAUUAAAAGUUAGUUUGAAAAAUAUCCAAGUAUCAGAUUAUAAAAAGCGCUCACUUUUUUUUUGGCUGAAUUAUACAGUAAUUAUAUUGAAGCUAAUAAAGUCUACACUUAAUCAAUCAAUGUAGAUCUAAAAUUUAUAUAAAAUAAUCAUUCUGCAUUGAAUUUGACUUAAUAAUAGAGUGCCUAUGUAAUAUUAUCUUUAAAUGAAGAUUUAAAACAUUUGGAAGUCUAAACGAUCUCAAAUCAUAUGCUUAAUUUAAUUGGAAAACCUAAUUAAUAAAAUACAUGUUUUAGAGAAAUACUACCAUUGUUCUUUUAUUAAUAUCAUCCCUUAAUGGUCAACACUUUUUUGUCAACCGGAAAAUCUAGAUAUUACAGAAACUUUAGUCCCAAUUUUGUAAAUGUGCACGAUUGUUUAGUUAAAGGGGUAUAAUUAUGUUAUGAUACAACUUCAAUUUUUCAUCAUUCCUAAUUGGUUUUUGUAGCAUUUAUAUAAGAAUUAGUUUAUGAAAAAUGCUACAUCAUAGUGGAUGGUUUUGAUAAAAGUUUUGUUAGUUUUUCCUUUAACUUCCUAUAGAAAAUUGGAUAUGAUGAUAAUUUGAUUGUGAAAAUGGUGAAACAUAAAUAUUUGAAUGAAAUUUCAAUUUAUAAUAUCUUCCCACAAUUUGACGAAGCUUUGUUGAGAUAACAACAAGAUAAUAGACUUUUGGUAGAAAAACUAUUCUUCUUUGAUUAUCUGAAGAUCAGAAAAUCAACCGUCAUAGAGAAUAGAGAAAAAAGAAUGUCAAAUUUACAUCCAAAUAUCUGGAAACAGAAAGAGAAAGUGUUGUCUUUUAUUGCUAAACUCAACAUUAUUGUAAGAGCUCAUUAAGAUUUUUCUUAUUAUAUCAUAGAAAUUUAAGAUAUAUAAUAAUUAACUGGCUUAAAUAAUACAUUUUUAGAUGAAGUUAAUGAAUAAGAAUCAUUAAUUUCUGAAUCUUCCAAUAUGAGUAAUAGUUAAAGUUGUAUCCUCAGCUAAGUUGAUGAAAAUCAUGCAAAUUAAAUCUAUGUUCAAGAUCUAAAUAAUUAAGUAUCAAUUCUCUCCCCAUUAACAACGUUUUUUAAUAAUAACGGAGAUUAGAGUACUCGUUAGAUAUAAACACAGAUUAAGGACACUAAUUAAAAUUAAGCAGCUGAAAACUUAAUUCAUGAAAGUGAAACCAAAAAAUCCCCUUAUUAAGUCAGAAAAUAAUAAUAACAGGCCUUUUAUAAUUGCAAAAUAUCUCAUAUUUAUUCUUUCAAGGAUAAAUCAUCUUAAGCAUCUAAAGAAAAAAAUGAUAAUAAAUAGUAAUAAAAAUAAUAAGAUUAGUAACAAUAAUAUGCUUAAUCUUAAUCUUCUGUAGCAAGUAUAAAUUAAUCAGUGAAUUAUAAAAAAUAUGAAUUGGUUGGAAAGAUUACUUCCUAAAAACCUCCCUAAAAAGUCAAUCAAUUUAUCGGGUUUUUAUUAAUCUAAAAUUUUGUUUAAAUGAUUUAUUUCAUCAUCAUUUUAUCCUUAAUGCCUUCUGAUUUAGAUAACAGCAUUACUGAAAUAAACAUGAUUGGCCUUCAUUCAGAUGUGAUGGCUCCACAUGAUCUUUAUUUUUCUAUGAGAGUUACUUUAUCAUCCUAUUAAUAAGCAUUAAGGGAAGGAUUUAUCAAUUAGACAUAAUUUACUCAAUUGACAGACCCUUAUUAUGACAACAUUUAUCUUGGAUAUCAAGAAUUGAAAAAUAGUCUAUAUUAAUAAUUAACUAAUCCAUACUUAUAAUUGUUUUAUAAUGAUUAUAAUAUGAAUAUUAGGUUCAUGAAAGAUAAUGACUCUUCAGUGGUCUCUGAACAAAUGACAUUCAGAGAAAUCUUACUAGUUAUAUUACAAUAUUAGUUUGCAUACGCUAAGAAGUAUGGAAGAAGAGAAAGUCCAAGUGGAUCUACUUAUCAAGUAUUUCUUUAUGCUAAUUAUUUCGACUUACAUGAUUUGUUAACUCAAAUCACUGAGGAAAUAUUCGUUUAUUCAAAAGAAAGAUCAGUAAGUGUGAACUAAAAGUGGACUAUCUUUUGGCUUAUUUCUAUUUUAGUAAUAAUCUGUACAAGUUUUAUAUCAUUUUUUUACUACAAUCAGUAUUUAGUCCAAUAUGAUAAGUUUUUAUAUCUUCUAGAUUAUUUUUCUUUAGAUCGAAUGGAAAACGAAAUUUCAAAAUUGAAAUCACUAUUAUCUUAAAUUCUUCAUGAUGAAAAGUCAAUAUUUGAUUACGAAUUUAAUUUUGAAAAUUGUUAAAUUAAAAUUCAUAAUUCAAGUACCAACAAUUAGAUUAAUAAAAAAACUAAAAAGUUGAAGAAAAUCUUUAAAGUAAGUAGAAUAAGACCAGCAUUCAUUUUAUUUUUAAUAUGUGUUAUUUUUGUUUCAUAUUCAACAUUAGUUGACUAAUCAAAUUAAAACUUUUUUGAUAAGUACCAAUCAACAAUCGAUUUCUUUAAAAUGAUUUCUGAUUUAAAACUUAGAUCGGGAAGUAUAGUUAUGUAGAAAGAAAUUUUUUAUCGUUGGGUCAAUUUCACUUAUCUAACAGAUUAUGAUAAACAAAGAUUGUAUCUUCUAGUAAAUUAGGCACUUUAAAUCAUGAAUUAAUAUGUCUUAUAUGCUAAUUCAUUUAACUUUGAUAAAUUAAUAGUUUCUGACACCUUUAUUGAGUAUUAUAACAAUGUUGAGACUGAAAAUUUAUGUGAUAUUUUAACAGAUGUAUAUGUAUUUUUAUCUUUUAGGAUUUCAAAAAUUUUAUGUAUAAAUAAUGUACUCUAGCAUUUGAAGGUACUUUAAAGCAAGGCACUAUUCAAAGCUUAAAUUAUAUCACUAACUUAGUCAAAGCAGAAUAGGGCAUCAAUAACUUUACAAGUAGGCUAACAUAUAAUCUCUAUGAACAAGAAGGUUCUUAAGUUAUAACAAGAAUAUUUAUAUAAUUGAACGAAUAAUUGUCUUUUGGAAUUGAAGAAAUAACAAAGGCCUAGCUUGAAUUUAGUAAGGUAGAUAUUCAAUAUUGACUUAGUCUCUUUCAAUAGUGUAUUUUGUAAUAGCAUUUAUUGGAUGUGUAUUAAUGGGAAAGCUAUUAAGAUAAUAUUUGAUUUAUCAAUAUUAUUUAAUCAAAAGAAUAGUCAACAUUACCCCUUUACAAAUAUUGAUUGAAGAUGAGUCCUAUGAAAGAUAGCUUAGAUUAUUGCUUUAAUAAUAAGAAACAGGUUGA